AUGGAAUCAAUUUAUAGAAAAGAUCUUUCGUCAUGUUUUUGUUCGUUUGUUCCGUUUUUUCUUUCAAUUCCAUUUAUAUUUGUUUAUUAUCUUCAACGUUUAUCGUUUUAUACCUCAUUGUUUUUUAUCUUUCUUUUAUUUAUUAUUCAUUUUCUUGUAUUCAAUCGUUUUUAUAUCAAAGAAAUAUUUAUUCGUGCUCAAUUUUUAACAUUAAUUCUAACAAUUGGUUUUAUAUGGUCAAUAACAUCACCAGCAAUUGGUUUAUUUACUAUUAUAUUAUCAAUGUUUCAUUUAAGUGAAUAUAUAUCAGUUGGUAUUUGGUGUCCAAGAACAUUGAAUAUAAAUUCAUUUUUAUUAAAUCAUUCACCGCAAUAUCAUACAGCUAUAUUAUUUGCUUAUUUAGAAUAUUUCAUUGAAAAAUAUUAUUUAUUUCCAAAUGGUUUUCCUUACCAUUGGGUAAUGAUUAUAAUUGGUUUAAUAAUGAUUCUAAGUGGUGAAUUUUUACGUAAAUUAGCUAUGUAUACAGCAAAACAAAAUUUUUCGCAUUUAAUUGAAGAUAAACCAAAUCAAGAACAUCGUUUAAUUACAAAUGGAAUAUAUAAAUACUAUCGUCAUCCAUCAUAUGUUGGAUGGUUUUGGUGGGCAUGUGGAACACAAAUAUUACUUGCCAAUCCAAUAUGUUUUGUUAUUUAUUUAUUCUCAACUUGGUUGUUUUUUGCUGAUCGUAUUGCUUAUGAAGAAGCGACGUUAAUACGAUGUUAUGGAAAUAUGUAUCGAGAAUAUCAGAAACGUACAUCUGAAUUCGAGGUAAGAAUUAACUUCAAAAGAAAACUUUUUAAAUAUUUGAAGUUUUCUUUUCUAGGCGUCAUUUUUCUGGCAUUUCUUGCUUCAAUUGGUUUGACAUUACUUAUUUUAGGAUGUGCUCUAUCAAAUUAUAAUUGGUGGCCAACAUUUGUCGUCAUAUUUUAUGUAUUCUGUCCGAUUCCGUUAGCUAUUGGACGUCGAUGUGCAUCAUCUGAUGUCUAUAGUACAAGUGAUUCAAGUCCAUGUCAAGAUUUUAUGUGGUUUCUAACAAGUGUUAUUGUUGCUUCAGCAUUUGGUUUACCAGCUGUUUUAUUUCGAGCAAAUGUUAUUUUAGCCGGUUCAAUGGGCUUUAUCAUGGCAGCCAAUGCAAUUAUAUUCACAACGAUUUCCAUCUACUUUAUGACACUCGGUUCUGAUGAUAGUUUAGGAAAUUUAUAA